GAGGAAAAAACUAUCACAAAACCAUCACUAUCACUUAGCCAAGGCCUCCGCAACUGCACUCCCGCAAACCCACUCGACUAUGCCUUGAAGCUACAAGGCCGUCACGCACGAAAAUGCCUGCGACUAUCUUUUUAUAAAAAGCUCUGGCCGUGCCUAGAACUAUCCUCUAUCCCCUCGCUCCUCUUUCAACUUCAAGUCGAAAGAAGCAGAAACAGCCAUGUUCGACCGUGACAGGACUUCGACUUUCCACAUUAUGGCCUACCGUGAUUGGCAUAAACAUCACGAAGUCAAAGACAACGCAGGAAACCCAGCAAAACCCCCUUCAACGUUCCACGCAUGUAUGAUAGUCGCUGCCUGUUCUCUCUCAAAUUUGGUCAACACAUUGAACAUGACGGGUCCAUCGAUUUCACUUCCAGCAGUCCAACGGGAGUUCCAAUCAAAUCAAUCUGACCUCGGAUGGGUGGUGUCUGCAUAUCCUCUCAGUUCGGGUUGUCUGCUGUUGUUGGUUGGGCGUCUCGCUGACUUGUACGGGAGGAAAAGGUUGUUUGAAUUGGGUCUCUUGUGGCUAUUCGGAUUCACUUUGGCGUGCGGUUUUGUAAACGAUCCUAUCACACUCAGUGUUCUUCGCGGUCUUCAAGGUUGUGGCGCUGCAGCUACUAUUCCCGCAGCUCUCGGUAUCAUGGCAAAUGUCUUCCCUCCCUCGAAGGCCCGUUCUUUGGCUUUUGCAGUCUUCGCCGGGGCAUCUCCCAUUGGGGGAUGUUUUGGUAUGGCACUCGGCGGUGUCAUGACUCAGCUCACAUCGGUUACCUGGCGAUCCAUCUACUACUUCUCUGCAGCGAUCACUGCAGUUUCAUUCCUGAUUGGAUACCUGUGCAUUGACCCUGACCAGCCGUCAGAGGAAGAGGAUCAACGGGUUGAUUGGAUUGGUGGAAUUCUUUCCAUCUCAGGACUGGUAUUGAUUGUCUUCGUUCUCGGACAAGGUGAAAGUGCACCUGGCACCUGGGCCAACCCUUACAUCGACACACUCCUCAUCCUCGGUGUCUUGCUUACGGUUCUCUACGUAUUUUGGCAACGCUUCCUCGAGAGAGUUCAUGAUGGAAAGGCUGUUUCACCAUUCUCCUGGCUCCCCACCCCUCAACCUCUCAUGCGAGUGUCACUAUGGACAAGGUCACACGGUCAAGUCGGCAUCACCUUCGUCAUCGCCUUCCUCGAUUACGCUUGCUUCAUGGGCUGGUCUCUCUGGGUUCUGCUCUACUACCAGAACUACUCCGGUCUCUCCCCCAUCCUCACCAUGGUUCGCUUGAUUCCCAUGUUUAUCGUCGGUUUUGCUGGUAAUCUGCUCAUCGCGGGUAUCGUCGGUCGUCUAUCUCUUGUUACCCUCAUGGCUCUUGGAGGAGUGGUCACCGCUGGUGCACCUCUGCUUUUUGCCCUCAUCGUCCCAUCGACAACUUACUGGGCUUUCGGUUUCCCUGCCACCCUCCUUGCUGUGCUGGGCUCCGACUUCGUCUUCCCGACCGGAACCAUCUUCGUCGCCAAGGUCGCCCUACCAAGCGAACAAUCCGUCGCUGGAGCUGUCUUCCAGGGUAUGACUCAGCUCGGAACCGCACUCGGAGUAUCCAUCUCCACAAUCGCCUACAACCGUGACCUCCUAAAACAAGCCACGGAGCUCGGCGUGUCACCCAACGACAUCCCUCAGAACCAGAGAUUAGAUGCUCAUCACGCCGCGAUGUGGGUCAACUUCGGCUUUGGUAUCGGCGCUGCCAUCUUGGCUUUGAUCUUCUUGCGGGGCGUAGGUCCCGUAGGUGCCAAACCAUGCAACAACCACCAUCGUCACCACUACCACAUUCCUGGCUGGCAUCUUCCUCACUUCAAACAUCAUAACCGUAGCGCUUCGACUAUCGUCGGUGAGGAGGAGCAGCCAAAGGAAGUUUCUGAAAAGCAGGUGGAUAACCAGAAGGAGAACAAGGGCGACUCUCAGUCGACUUCUGUCGAGGUCCGUAAUGUGAGCGAGUAAAAAGUUUUGGGGUUCGGGAGAUUUUUCUUUUCUUUUUUGGAAAACCGUUUUUUUUUGUGGUGUUCUCGGAAGGAGGACAAAAAAUUGGUUAACUCGCAUGACAACUGAUAUGUAUUUAUGGCGAACGGUUUUCUCUUUCUCCCCAUCCUCCCCCCCCCCCCCCCCCCAACCCCC